UUACAUUUUUGUGCCGUCUGAGAGCCCUCACGCUCCCCAUUUGCCCAGCCAAGUAAUUAAUGCCAUCUGAGGAACACUACAUUCAAGAAGUCACGUCAAAAAGAAAGUGAUUUGUGGUAAUCCGAUUUUUGUGCAAAGGAAGGAGAGAGAGAGAAAAGAGAUCCGAGUGAAGUAGAGGAAUUAUGUAUUAGGUCAUAAGAGAAACAGAGACAAAUGAUGGUUUCAUUCGAUAUCGAAGGUGUAAUCGCCCCCGUAUUCACCCCCAUUGACAGUGAGGGGAAACUGAAUACCUCUGUCGUACCAGAUUAUGUCAGCUAUCUAGUCAACCAUGGCAUCAGGGCCGUGUUAGUUGGCGGCACCACGGGAGAAGCAGUGACCUUGAGCCUUGAGGAACGCAAAACCAUCCUGGCUGCAUGGUUGGACGCUGGCAAGCCCCAAGAGUUGAAGGUUAUCGCCCAGGUCGGCGGAGUGCCCAUGCCAGAAGUCCUCGAGAUGGCCAAAUUCGCUGAACAACACCAAGCCGACGCCAUUAUGACACUGCCUGAGAUCUACUACAAGCCAUCUUCUACCGAACUGCUGGUGUCGUAUCUCGAGGAGGUGUCGUCUGCCGCGCCCUCGCUGCCUCUUCUGUACUAUCAUUUCCCCAUGAUGAGCGGGGUAGACGUAAAAAUUCCGGAAUUCUUUGCGUUGGCCACGGCGAGAAUUCCUAAUUUCAAGGGCAUGAAGGCAGAUCUCGGCGUCGCUGUUCAGGUCACUGACAUGCUGGGAGAAGACCAAAGAAUAUUCAACGGAAACCAUAUGAUAGCACCAGCAGUGCUCCUGGGCCACGAGUCGAGCAUCGCUACGGUGACCAACAUGUUCCCCAGGUUGAUGCUGGAUAUAGUGGCUGCGACUAGAGCUGGUGAAGUGGCCAGGGUCAGGGAGCUGCAGGCCAGGAUGAACAGGCUCGUCAGCGCUAUCACUUCUCAGGGUGACUUCCUGCCGUCUAUGAAAGCAGCUAUGCGGUUAGUGACAGGCAUCGAGGUGGGGCCCCCGCGUCACCCUAUGAGGCCCCUGGACGAGGCCCACACACGUCGCGUGCGAGACAAGUUGAAGGCUUUAGAUGUUGUCGAUUAAGUUUUAGACGGUUGUUUUGAUACUAAGUUCAGUUUUCUAAGACACGCCCGCUGAUGUUAACAACAUGAGCCUUAUGGUUUAUUAGGUAACUCAGCGCUCUUUAUUUUAGCAUAACCAUGCAAUGAUGCCGUUCUUAACGAGUUUUUUUUUAGUUUGGCAGCUCUAAAUACAGGGUGUUAGUGACAGCGUAACGAAAACUUUGAGGGACGAUUCAGCUCACGAUUCUGAGUUGAUAUCAAGUGGAAUUUUCCGUUGCAAAAGUAUGGAAAUGAAAAUAAUUAUAAAACACUAAAAUUUUCAUGAAUUUUCCGACAGUAAAUUCCACUUGAUAUCAACUCAGAGUCAUGAGCUGAAUCAUCCCCCUCAGUAUUCUGUACGGGGUGUCACUAACACUCUGUAUAAUGAAAGUAAUCCUUCACUUACUUUGGAUAUUUUUUAUAGGAAAUAAUCAAUGACAUUGUGGAAAUAAUAAUCUU